AUGGCCUACGCUGAUGCCAAAAAUAGUGAAAUCAGAUACGGGCGAAAAAAGUUCAUAGGUAUUAAGCCGGAGAAUAAUGAGAUGGCAAGAGCCAAAUCUCCUUUUUUAGUGGUGGGAAGGUGCUCAGCUAUUCGACUCAGAAGGAAGAGAGUAGCAGCUUUCUUUUCUGCUUCAAAGCUCUUUUCCUACAACUUGUUUCUUUCUCUAUCUUCAUGGCGCGUACACCUACUACUUACCUUGACACCAGCAAAUGAUCUACCCCACGCCGAAAGUAGUGAAAUCAGUAGUGAGGAGGUUCAGGUGUGCUAA